AUGUAUACUUUCAUUUUAUUCCGGUACUUACACAAAGGUGCGAAAUCAAACCCAUAAAGCCAAUCCAAUAAAAAGUAGUGGAUUUCCUUAGAUGAGAAGUAUUUCCAAGAACACAAAUUCUUACCCUCAAAAAAAAAAAGAACACAAAUUCUUUUCUUUUCUGAUAUCCAUUGCAUCAUCAUCUUUCCAAUUCUACCCCUCUUUUUUGCCAUCACCACAACUUCCCAUUCCUCACGUUUCUAUUUCCAAUUCCAAACCCCCUUUCUCACUCCAAAUUUAUGCUGCACUUCUCUUACUACAUUUCUAUUUCCAUUCCAACUCAUCUCUCAUUCUCUCUCUCUCUCUCAUCUUCUUCUAUCUCCACAUAGACAUACAUACAUUCAUCACCCACACACACCCAUGGCGUCAGACUUUCAGACAUAUUCUUCCACUGCAGCAGUUUUCUGCUUUUUCUUGCUCUCAUUUCACUCUGCAAAUGCGCAGUCGUUCAUCGGAGUGAAUUACGGGCAGGUGGCGGACAACCUGCCGCCGCCGGAGGCGACGGCGAAGCUCCUGCAGUCGACGAGCAUCGAGAAGGUCCGGCUGUACGGCGCCGACCCGGCGAUCAUCAAGGCGCUCGCCAACACCGGCAUCGGGAUUGUGAUCGGCGCCGCCAACGGCGACAUUCCGGCGCUCGCCUCCGACCCCAAUUUCGCCGGAAAUUGGGUCAACUCCAACGUCCUGGCCUUCUAUCCGGCCAGCAAGAUCAUCGUCGUCACCGUCGGCAACGAGGUCAUCACGCUGCCCGAUCAGAAUCUCGCCUCGCAGCUCGUGCCCGCGAUGCAAAAUGUCCAAAAUGCCCUCAAUGCAGCAUCAUUGGGUGGGAAGGUCAAGGUGUCGACAGUGCAUUCGAUGGCGGUGCUAAGCCAGUCGGAGCCACCAUCGGGCGGUGCCUUCGGAUACGGUGACACAAUGAAAGGAUUGCUGCAAUUCCUCAGCACAAAUGGCGCGCCUUUGAUGAUCAAUCCGUACCCCUUCUUUGCAUACCGGGACGAUCCUAGGCCUGAGACGAAGGCCUUCUGCUUGUUCCAACCGAAUGCUGGACGACUGGAUGCAAACACCGGCAUCAAGUACAUGAACAUGUGGGAUGCUCAGGUCGAUGCGAUUCACUCGGCCUUGAAGGCGUCGGGGUUCAAAGAUGUCGAGAUUGUGGUUGCCGAGACAGGUUGGCCUUAUAAAGGAGAUUCCAAUGAAGUUGGUACUAAUUUGGAAAAUGCAAAAGCCUAUAACGGGAACUUGAUAAACCACCUCAGGUCGAAGGUUGGGACGCCUCUCAUGCCGGGGAAAUCCGUUGAUACCUACAUAUUUGCGCUCUAUGACGAGGAUUUGAAACCCGGCCCUGCCUCAGAGCGCUCCUUCGGACUCUUCAAUCCCGAUCUUUCGGCGACCUAUGAUGCUGGCCUCACAAAGAGCACACAGACUCCGGCCCCGACCCAGUCGACUCCGGCUCCAACCCCGGCAACUCCGGCUCCAGCAACCACUCCCACGAACCCGGCCCCAACAACCCCGGUGAAUCCGGCUCCCACGACUCCCGUGGCUCCGGUGAAUCCGGCUCCAACGACUCCCACGGUGAACCCAGUACCGAGCCCGGUUGUAGCAGGUUGGUGUGUGCCUAGGCCCGGCAUAUCAGAUGCUCAACUGCAAGCAAAUCUCGAUUAUGCUUGCGGGCAGGGCAUCGAUUGCGGCCCGAUUCAGCCUGGUGGUGCAUGUUUUGAACCUGCUACUGUUGUAUCGCACGCUGCUUAUGCUAUGAAUUCUUUUUAUCAAUCUUCUAGCAGGAAUCCCGGCGACUGCGACUUCUUGCAGACAGCGGCCCUCACAUCUACUAAUCCUAGCUAUGGUUCUUGCGUCUACCCUGCUGGGAGCGCAUGAACACGACACGAAAUUAUUGUUUCGGAGAUCGAUGGAAGGGAUGAGGGGUGGCGCAGCAGCAGCGAUUCAGGUAAUUAAUUCUAUGGUGGAAUAAUAUGUCCAAGAAGUGUGCAUAUGUUAUUUUGAGGGCUUGGAUACUGUAUCCAUAUGAAUCAAAUAAUAGUGUGUAAAUUCAUGAUGUUUUUAUUUUAUUUUAUUUUAUUUUAUUAUUUAGUAGUAGACUCUGAGUUUUGAUUUUAUGCUUUUUGUGGGUUGAGUUAUUGCAAUGGCUUCGUUUAGGACAAA